GCGUAACUCGGAAGUGUACCAUUACUACUACUGCUAUAAUACUAUUGAUAGUGUAGCUUGCUGCUGCAGCCUGAGGUCUGCAGGUGUGUGGGUUGUUCACCUGGAACCAGAUCAUCUGAAUGUUGUUGUACCUGUCUGUCAGUCUCUGAGGAAGACAUAACCUAGAUAAACAUCACGUUUUAGCUCCCUAGCUGUGCUCUUCCGUGUCGACCAGCCGGCGGAAACCUCACGGAUAUCAGAAGAUGUCUGUUAUGGCCACCAAUUGCUUCAUGUAUUUCGCUUUUGGGAGCAACUUGUUGAAGGAAAGACUCCAGCUGUUGAACCCCUCUGCGAUGUUCAGCACCACCGGCCGACUACAGGACUAUAAGUUGAACUUUGGCCUGUGGGACAAACAUGUGAACAGCACUUGGCAUGGUGGAGCGGCCACCAUUGAGGCCUGUCCAGGGGCAGAAGUGUGGGGGGUAAUCUGGAUUUUGAGCAACGAAAACCUCCCGAGCCUUGACAAACAGGAAGGAGUGAGUUCGGGAAUAUACUCUCCACGGGAGGUUUUAGUGGAGACUGACAAAGGACUCGUACUCUGCAGGACUUAUCAGAUGAACAAUUUCCACGCCUGUCCUCCCUCUCCUCAGUACAAAGAGGUGGUGUUUCUAGGUGCAGAGCAGAAUGGACUCCCAGUGGAGUACCUGAAGAAGCUGGAGGCCAUUCAAACCAACAACUACAGCGGUACCAUCGCAGUCUUUGAUCAAAUCAAAGCAGUCAUGAAGUAAAGAUCGAAAGUUCACAAUCUUGACUUUGGAAACAUCAGCUGACAAAAACAAUGUCACGUCACCACAAGGUCCAUUUAGUAGCUGUUCUCAGAACAUAAAGAGCAAACUAGAAAACAAAAUAGAAUAUAGAGUAGCUAUUAAAGUUCCCAUAUUGUCAAACGUGAGAUUUAAUGGCAUUUAUAUUAUAAAGCAGGUUUAAGUACUAAAUUAUAUAAAUACUGUGAAAAUAUCAAAACUCUCAAUCCAUGGAGAAAUGCACACAGCCCGUAUUCAGAACCGGUGCCUUUUAAACAAGCUGUCAGGA